AUGUCUGCUGUAGCUGCCACACCGGUUGAGGACGUGCCAGCGACGAAAGUGGAGGCUCCCGACAGCGCUACGGGCAAUACCGUCGACACUGGCGUGUCUAAUGACGUGAAACUGGCCUCGACUAAGGCCACACCGAUCCCCUCUGGUGAGCCGGAAGCAAAGCCCGCCGCUACUACCAAGGACGAAAAACUGCUGGCUCCCGCUCCCAAGACUGUGACCAAGUUGACCCUGAGCGAAUCGGCCAAGUUGGCUCAGCUCAUCGCCCAGAUCCCCAAGAUCCUCAAACUGUUGGAUAACCCCGAAUAUGACGAGGUGUUUGGCUACCGCAUCAAUACUGCCGACAAAGAAUUUGUUGACGAAGUGAUCAGAAACGAGAUCUUGCUCAAGUUCUUGAAGGCGGACGAGUUUGAGGUUGCCACCGCCGCCGCCAGACUCAAGAACACGUUGAACUGGCGGAAUAAGUUCCAGCCGCUUUCUGCCGCUUGGGAUGAGAAACACAAUGAGGGACUCACCAAGCUUGGGGUCAUCACUGAGUUCCCUAACGGCAAACCGAACUUAAAGGUGGCUACGUUCAACUUGUACGGGAACAUGCAAUCGUUGUCUAAGCUCUUUGGUGAAUUUGGCGACAAGACUUCCGAUAAGCCGGGGUCCCAGUUCUUACGGUGGAGAAUCGGAUUGAUGGAACGGGCGGUGUCGCUCUUGGACUUCACCGACGUCACCAACGACAAGUUAGCUCAGAUCCACGACUACACUGGCGUCUCGAUCUUCCGUAUGGAAAAGAAGCAAAAGCAGAAUACCAAGGAAAUCAUCGAGAUUUUCGGCCACAACUACCCUGAGCUUUUAUCGACCAAGUUUUUCGUCGGCGUUCCUGUGUUUAUGAGUUGGGUCUUCUCCUUCUUGAAGACCGUGGGGAUUAUCAACAAGGAAACACUUAAGAAGUUCAACGUCAUCUCGGGGACCAAUUUGGCGGCGGAAGACGCGUUCCCGGAGUUGCCCAAGAAGUACGGGGGCAAACUUGAUAAGGACGUUUAUGCCUUGGACCUGAAGAAUACCAAGAUUCCUCAAUAUGGCCUUGAGUUAAUCAAGAAGUUGGGGUCAGCGAAGAUGCAAGAGGCUUUGGAUGAUGUUGAGUAA